AGGGUAUUUUUGGUGAUGCCUUCGCUUUCCCUUUGGUUAUAAGGGCUUGUGCAUUUCUGGGUAGUUCUUAUGUGGGAAAGAAUAUUCAUAAUCAUGUGUUACAAACUGGAAAUCAGAACUGUGUUCAUGUUGUUAAUGAAUUGCUAGGGAUGUACACAUAGUUGGGCAAAAUGGAUGUUGCACGCCAUCUGUUUGAUAAAAUGUGUGAAAGAAACAAAAUUUCUUGGAAUAUUGUGAUUUCAGGUUUUGCAUUGAAUUAUGAUUGUGAUGGUGCUUUUGAGAUGUUUGAGCGGAUGGAGUUGGAAGGUUUGGAGCUAGAUGAUGUGACAUGGACAUCGUUGUUAUCAAGUCAUGCUCGAUGUGGGCAGAAUCAGGAAGCUUUGAAGUUGUUUAAUUCAAUGAGGAUGGGAGGAAUAAGGGUCAGUGUUGAAGCGCUUGCUGUGAUGUUGUCUGUUUGUGCUGAUUUGGUGGCCUUUAACAAGGGAAAGGCGAUUCGUGUUUAGGUGAUAAAGUGUGGUUUUGAAA